UUCAUGAGGAUGGCGCGAGAACUUGUCACACCGCAGCACAGCUAAAAUAUUUAUUUUCAGUUUAGUUUAGUUUUGUUUUUCGUCUUUAGUUUAAACCCGUUCGCGUCUGCUUAGCAAACUCAAAAUGAGUGUGUUGGAAGUGAAGUUCGUCGGGGAUGGAGAUGUUCUGGAGCACAUCCUGGACAAACAUGAGGGCGUGCAGAACGGUGCCAGCGGCGUCCAGAGGAUGGUGAAGUUUAAGAGCCCAGCUGGACGGAAUGGACACGUAGAGGAUGAGCAACUGGAUCAGGAGGAAAACGGAGUCUAUGAUCAGCAGGGCUACAUCCGAGCUCUGGGAACAGAGAAUAACGGAGAAGAUGAGGAUAGCCUUUCCAGAGUGGCUGGAGCCUCCAUUUUUACCUUCCAGAAAAACAGACGUGGCAACAGCAUGGCCAACACUGCAAGUUCACUCGCUCGGACUCCGGGGAAGAGUGUGAGCCUCGGUCCGGCUGAACCCUGCACCCCGACGCGGACGGGCCGACACCACAAAGGCGAAAUCAGGACACCACAGAGGAUCAAGAAGGUCCGGUUUGUCUCCACAACGCCACACAGGCUCAGAAAGAGACUAACAACGCCGAGCCUUCGGUCGGACAGCGACAGUGAGCUCUCGCCGUCUGACUCUGAGGAGGAUGGAAAGGAGGAGGACGAGGAAGAGGAUAGGCUAAAGGAAAAACUGAAAAUGAAUAAAGAGGAUAAAGAGAUCCAGAAAAACUACAGAACUCCUAGUAAAGGUUUGUCUGCAGCUCUCUAUAAGACUCCAGCCAAGAAGAGCAAGAACACACCCGAACCCGUUAACCAGCCCUCCAUGACCGAGGAGUACUUUGAGGCUCACGGCAGCUCCAAAGUUCUGACGUCAGACCGGACCCUCGAGCGUCUGCACACCCCUAAGCUAGACAGGGAGACUUUGGCUCAUCUUUUAGAAGGUAAACCGUCCUGUUACUCAAAGGAGAUCAAGGAGCUGCACGACAAACACAGACAGCACUUUACCAAAUGGAUGUUACAGUUACAGUUGGGAUUCAGUGUGCUGGUUUACGGUUUGGGAAGCAAAAAGACUUUGUUGGAAGACUUCCGGGUGUCUCAUCUGUCUCAGGAAAUCCACCUCGUCGUCAACGGGUUUUUCCCCUCCAUCACUCUCAAAUCGAUAUUAAACGCUUUGACCUGUGAGGUUCUGGAGCACCAGGGAACUUUCUCUACGCCCUCAGAUCAGAUCCACUUCAUCGCUCAGACACUCAAAGACAGCCCGGAUCUCCACGUUUACCUGCUGAUCCACAACAUUGACGGGCCGAUGCUGCGAGGAGAGAAGACCCAGAGUGCACUGGGGCAGCUGGCGGCGCUACCAAACCUGCACUUAGUCGCCUCUAUAGACCACAUCAACGCUCCAUUAGUGUGGGACCAGUUCAAGCAGAGCCAGUUUAACUGGCUGUGGUGGGAGUGUGUGACGUUCCAGCACUACACCGAGGAGACGUCGUACGAGAACUCUCUCCUGGUGCAGCAGACGGGCGCGCUGGCUCUGUCCUCCCUCACACACGUGCUGCGCAGCUUGACGCCCAACGCGAGAGGAAUCUUCAAGCUGUUGGUGAAAUUCCAGUUGGAAAACAAAGACAAUCCUUCCUACUCGGGUUUGUCAUUCCAAGACUUCUACCAGCGCUGUCGAGAGGCCUUCCUGGUGAACUCUGACCUCACGUUGAGGACUCAGCUGACAGAGUUCAGAGACCACAAGCUGAUCCGGACACGCAAGGGCGCAGAUGGAGUAGAAUACCUGAUCGUUGCUGUGGAAACGAACACUCUGAUUGAUUUCUUAGAAAACGAGGAAGAUGACUGAAAGGAUAAGACCUCCAAAUCACGAUCUGCAAUUUUCCUGCAGUUGAUAUGAACCCAUUCUGAUAAAUGUCACUAGUUUAAUGGUUGAAGCGUUAGCUCUGAAUGCACCGUUGCACUGUGACAUUCACAUCAUGGUUAGAUGUGCACAUUUUUUCAGUGUUAAUCUGAAUAAAUAAAAGCCACCGUGACUUAAA